GUGGGAGGCUCAGAGCUUGAGAGAGCAAGCGUGAGAGAGGACGCAAUAUUCAAUGAGAAAAAGAAGGGGAGAGAAUUAAGUGCGGCGGUUGAGGCAGACUGAGCAAACGGCGAUAGUGAGAGUAGCACAGGGAGCUUCACAUGAGAGAAAUCAGAACGGCAACGGCAGAAGGAAAGUAAGCGAGAGUGUGUGCGGUGUUUGCUGGUCUGCUCCGUUAUCUGUCUCCAUCUGGGUGCCAUCUGUGUCUCUGGCUCUGGCCUUCGCCACACUGGAGCUCACAUAUGUGGGAAUGCAAACACAUGCCUGACAUAUGAAGGCGUGGAGUCACAGAAAGGGACAAAAAGCGAAGGAUAAGAAAGCAGAAACCACAACACUGCAGCUGACUUUCUCCAAGGACUGAAGAGUGGACUCUACUAGAGUGGAGACAGUAGAGAGAAGAAGAGCCCUGCCAUGCCCGGUUCUCCUGUGGAUGCUAAGACUCAUUCCAGAUCAGCCCCCAGCAGCAGCUCCAGCUCCACUAUGCCACCCCUGCCUUCUGUCAACCCCAGUGGCCCUCGUCCGGCCUCUUUCUCGACCACAGCGUUGACCAACGGGAAUCAUCAUUCCCCGCCAACCCUGAAUGCAGUGCCAUCUCCACCGCAGCGUUACAGCAACGGACCAUCCUCUUCCUCCUCCUCAUCGCUGGCUAACCAGCAGCUGCCGGCCACCUGUGGGGCUCGCCAGCUGAGCAAGCUGAAACGCUUCCUCACCACGCUGCAGCAGUUUGGCAACGACAUUUCUCCAGAGAUUGGAGAUAGCGUCAGAAGCCUAGUCCUUGCCCUCGUGAAUUCAACAGUUACCAUUGAGGAGUUUCACUCACGGCUUCAGGAGGCUACAAACUUCCCCUUACGGCCUUUUGUUAUUCCUUUUCUCAAGGCAAACCUGCCCCUGCUGCAGAGGGAGCUGCUCCACUGUGCACGGGCAGCCAAGCAGACCCCAGCUCAGUACCUGUCCCAACACGAGCACCUCCUGCUCAGCACCACUCUGGCCUCCUCUCCAGACUCCUCCGAGCUGCUGAUGGAGCCUCCCGAGACUGGGACCAAGAGACACAGUCCCAGCAGGGCCAAAGAGAACGGUUUCCACGAACGUCCGCCCGUGGCCAUGGAGCCUGCUGCCAAACGGAUUUGCACCAUCAGCCCCGCUCCCCGACACAGCCCUGCCCACCCGCUCCCCCUCACCGCCCAGCUCCACCCGACCCCUCCACCCCUGCAGCACUACGCCCUGGACGACAUCGCAGCGCCACACAUCCUGCACCGUGAGCACAGCCAGCGUGUGCUGGAGAUCCGCGAGCUCAAAGACAGGCCCAGACUCCCUGGCACUAACGGGGGCUACCGUGAGGAGCCGGUGGACCACAGACUGACAGACAGAGAGUGGGCUGAUGAAUGGAGGCAUCUGGACCAUGUGUUGAACUGCAUUGUGGACAUGGUGGAGAAGACGCGGAGGUCAGUGAGCGUGCUCAGACGAUGCCAGGAGUCAGAUCGCGAGGAGCUUAAUUACUGGAGACGGCGUUCAAGCGAGCAGGAGGAUCCACGCAAGGGAGGAUCGGCCUCCACUCCGUUUUCCAAGACGCACAGCCCCCAUUCAGCAGAGUCAGACUCCCAGCGUGACUUUGCUCCACGGCCAGGAUCAGCUUACGUUACAGAUGAGAUCUGGAGGAAAGCUGAAGAGGCAGUGAAUGAAGUGAAGCGUCAGGCCAUGGACGAGGUUCAGAAAGCAGUAGCAGAGGCCGAGCAGAAGGCUUUUGAGAUGAUUGCUGCUGAGAGGGCUAAGAUGGAAAAGACCCUGGCUGAGGCAAAGCGUAAGGCUCAAGAGGACGCCAUCAUGGUCAUCAAUGAACAGGAGGAUUCCAGUGAGUGUUGCUGGAAUUGUGGCCGCAAAGCGAGCGAGACAUGCAGCGGCUGCAACGCCGCUCGCUACUGCGGCUCCUUCUGCCAGCACAAAGACUGGGAGAGACAUCACCUCAUCUGCAGCCCAGGACUUCAAGCGCAGCCCAAACCAGUGUCUGCCAUCACUGCUAGCAGGGUGGCUGCUGUGGCCUCAGCCGCAGCCGCUGGUGUGUCUCCCCUCGGUCUGGCCGGGGUCAAAGCUCCCGACAGUGUGCCUUCAGUCUCCAGUCCAGGUGGAGAGAAGGCUUCGGUGGCCUCUCGCUCCUCCACCCCCUCCACCCCCGCCUCGGCCCCCGAGACCAACGGACACUAGGAGGCAAAGGACUUGAGUGGCUAACGUGUCGUCUUCGCAGUCAUCCUCGCCGUCCUCUUCGCUUACGGGGGAAGAAUUGAAUCAGCGGCAUGAGGGAACUAUUUGUGGGUUAAGUUAGGAUAACAGAUUUUUCAUCAUACUCUUUGGCAGAUAAAAAAGGACAGAUUAUGGAUGACUGCUUGAGUGAUAUGUCAACUGGGACUUUGGCUUUGGCAGAGAACAGAAGGACUCGUCUCGAAUGCAUCCAUUGGAUGAACAGAUCUCCCUAACAGAUGGAAACGUGUUUCUCAUCGUCCAAAACCCCAAAUCUUGGAUCUGUGAGGGGUGGGGAAAAAAACAAAACAAACUGACGAUUGAUCUCAGUUUAUCUCUGGCUGCAGGGAGAAAGUUAAAGAAGGAAGAUGUAUGAGAAAAGACAGAAGAGAUAAAAAAUAACAAAAACAGUGAGGUAUAAAGACACUCCCCCCCCCUCCACGAAUCAAUAUCCUCACUUUGUUGUGUAUUAAUUUAAGAGGGAGGUGGUGGUAAAUGUAAAACAGUGUAAUGGUUCCAGCCCUAAAGCGUCUGUCUUCGUCCUGUAGGAAAACUCUGACAGUAGACCACAUGAGAGUCGUCUCUGCAGCUCCCCUGUAUACAUAAAUAUUUGCUCGCCAAGUUCUUGUCAGAUUUUCAUAUGUGUGAAUGCGUGUGUCAAACAGUCGUGCCGUCGGUGAAUAUUGUAAAGCAUAUGAUUAUUUUUGUCAAAGCAAUAUUAAAAUGAAGUGUUUCAGGUAUUUCAAGCCGUUUCUGCAUCACCAAAGUUUUCAGUCGCUAAAGAGAGAGUCAUUGUCGUUGCCUGUAAGCGUCUUUGUGAAAAAGAGAUAAAACACUACCGUAACCCCCCCUACACACACACACACACACACACGGUAUCUACUUUUAUAAAGAGUUUAACCACAAACUCUGCUCACUAUUUUUCAUUUCUGAUCAUCAGACAUUUUCCGAGAAAAGAAAAACGUGAUGGUGAUUGGAUCAAGUAAGCACAGGAGCAUUCAGUUCGGACUUUUCUUCUAAUUGCAGUUUCACUUUGUUCACAUCACCAGCUGUGUUCGUCAGGGUCACAUGUUGCUCCAGCUCUUCCGCCAUCAAAUUAUGUGCAUCAGAAGCCAAGAGUGGUUUGUAGUACAUCUUUUGAAAAUGCUGUGUCCAACGAAAAUAAUGACAAAGCAUGAAAAAGAAGUCAUUUUUACUUUGUUUGCGAUCAUCCAUGGGGGAGAAAGUUCAGGCUGAUGCCUACGUUGCCGUGGUGCAGGUACCGAGCAGUGACUCUGUUCCGCAGAGAAUCUCAGGAGCUAAACUGUAUUUGUAUGUACAGAUCAUUCUUGUUCUUUUGUCACAGUUAGGUUUAAAGUCAAACGUUUUAGUGAGGAACUUUUGAUUUAUCGUCCUCUGCUGUUACAACUGAGAUGUUCUUGUUUUUUUGUUUGUUGUAAGAUGACUUUGUAAAGAAUAUUAUGAGAGAAUUCCUUUAUUUUGUGAGCCACAAUUUUUUUCCCUUCAUUCUUUAAACAUGUUCUUUUGUUAUGAGGCAUAACUUCAUAUGAAAAACAUAUCUUGACAUGAAGUAUGAAAUAAAGUAGAAUUACUUUAAAAAACUAA